AUGACUUCUUUCUUCAAAACUUCAGUCAUUGAACUGAAAGCAGUGCAGAAAUCAUCUCAUGUUCAUAGAAAUGACCAUGGAUAUGGCACUAACAUCUCUACUUCCUUGUGGAAGAGGAAGCACACUGGCAUCUUCUGUUGCCAGAGUGGUGAAAGUGAUAGAGCUUUGAUGCAGCAAUCGAAGACUCAAAAAGUUAGAGCUUUGAAAGAGAUGGCAGUGUCCACCACCACCACCCCCAAUACUUCCAUCACUAAUGGUCUUGGAAUUCUUCAGUUCCUUGCAGGGAAGACCUAUUUUAUAACUGGUGCAACUGGGUUACUAGCCAAAGCUGUUGUUGAGAAGAUACUACGAACAGCACCUGAUGUCGGUAAAAUCUUCGUCUUGAUCAAGGCGAAGAACAAGGAAGCUGCAGUGGACAGAUUGAAAACUGAGUUCAUAAAUUCAGAGCUAUUUGAGUGCUUGAAACAAAGGCAUGGGAAGUAUUAUCAAGAUUUCAUGCUAAGCAAACUGGCUCCUGUUGUUGGGAACUUGUGUGAGUCUGAUCUUGGCAUCGAUGCAAAUUUGAUUUCAGAGAUUGCACAGGAAGUUGACGUUAUAAUAAAUUCCGCAGCCAAUACAAAAUUUGAGGAGAGGUUGCACUUCAUUAAUCACUUGAAUAUAUAG